AUGUCCAACAGACGUGGUGGGAAAUCAUCUCCCUCUUCUCGUAGACCUGUAGCUUCUAAUCAGGGGCCUGAUACGGUGUUUAAAGAAAAAUAUGGCCCUUACCCGGGACAACCGAACGAUAGACACAGCGGAUUAACGCCGAUCGUGCCGCACAUUACAAGAGGCGGAGUUGGGAAAGUCGAUGCGAGUACAUUACGAAGAGAACAGCAACAGAGGAAUGCAUUUUAUAACUUUACAGCAAAGCAAUUGCUUGAUCUGGAUGCGAAUAUAACAUCGACAAGACCUUUGAAAGGAAGCGAUUUGAACAUUCCAUUACUACCCUGCUUCAAAAGAGACCGGUGGAAAACAAAUGGCAAGCCAUAUGCUCUUGGUCAAUUAGGACCCGGAAAAUGGUUUGCUACAAAUGAUGUUGUGUGGGAAUUAUUACAACCAACUCUUCAACUUGCCUCAAUGUUAUUAAUAAACAUUCAGAAUGACUUGUAUGAUACUUUAUUGUGUGGCAAACGAAUCCCAAUCGAUCCUGAAAGAAUUCCUGAAAAUCUACCAGAGCGCGCCACACCACAAUUCCUAGAGACGCUUUUUUCUAUCAAGUCGAGAGGAUUAGCUCCAGAUGAUCCAUCUCUCCAAAAGAGCAAAAAGAUGCUUUUACACGCACUGUCAAGUUUCGCUUUCUUGAAAUUCAAAGACACUUCCGUGACUUUUUCUUUCAAUGGCUGUACUAAGUGCGGAUUGCAGAGAAUUCCAGAUAGUCCACCACUUCUUCACUGUCACAUUAUUUUAAACCAUACCAACCUCGAACCUUUACUACGACCUAAUAUCACAGCUUCGGAAAAGCUGGCAUAUCAGUGGAGAGUGGCCGUAACACUCACUCAUGAAUGUUUUCAUGCAAUGUUCAAUAUUAGCGACUUUAUUCGGGCAAAAAGAGAUAAAAUUCUGUCAAAUUGGAACCUGGGCUCGGAGUGCGGCUUUUUGAUGGAGCAGGUUGGUCUUGGUGGUGUUACUCGUGGAGAGAAGAACCCAAAGGGCUCUUUGUACCCUACAAUCGCUCUUUUCUGGACCGAGUGGCCAACGGUAUAUUGGGCGAGCUAUGUGUCGAAUUUUAUUUUAAAAACACCCGCUCUCAACCCCCGGUACAAUUUUUACCCCAUACCAGUAACUUACUUUGAAGAUGUUCACCAGAUGACUUUCUGGCUUCAUACCGUCAGAAUAUUUGGUACCAAGAUGCUUGCCCUUAGAUCCAAUAAGGUAAGGAUGCAGGUUACUCGACUUCCGCAUUUUCCUGACGCACAUGUACUAAGUACGGAUGAUGACGAAGUUAAACACUUUGAGUGGAAAGCUACGCAUUUAAGUUUAAAAUCAAAGCAGGAUAUGAGUCCAGAUGAACGAAGAGCUUGCAAAGCUGGGGAUGAUUUGAUCAAGAGGGCAGAAUUGAAUGAGGAGUUUUUCAUCAACAGCUUAGAACAAUCCAAUCAAUUGAAGGCUAUCGUUGAUUUUAACAAAAGUCUAAAGGACAGACUUGAAGCUUUCACUUCGGAUAAUUAUACUUCUCCAGGACAGGAAUCGAGACAGCCAGAUCCGUUGGAGAUCAUCAAGACAUCCAUGCAGACUCAAUAUGAUAUGCUUAUGAGUGCUACAAUGGCUCAUCGUGCAGCUGUUGACACUUAUUUUCAAAUGGCAAUUUCUGGAGAUGCUCCCAUCGAGAUUAAAGAUCAUUUAUUGAUGUUCAACCAAGGAUUUAGAGGAUUUGCCAGACAGAUCGCUCACGAAUACUGGACAGAUGAAUUACUUCGAGAUUAUGAAGAUAUAGAUGAGAAGCUAGAAUUUUUGCGACAAAUGUUAUACUCGCCUGCCGACGCAAAAAGCAAAAAAUAUGCAAUGGAAUAUGAGGAAUUUGGAGAGAUUGCAAUCAUUAUGAACGCCUACGACCAAUUCCACACUGAACCUGAGUAUAUGUCACAGGUGAUUUCUCAAGGAGUGGAGGUCUUGGAAACUCGAUGGAGAAGUUCCCGAUAUAGCAGGACUUGCGCGAAUAUCAUAAAGUUGGCUACAAGUAUAGUAAAUGGAAAGACUGCAGACCCAUUCGAUACGAUCAACAAGAUCGACGCUAAGAUACAAACAUUGAUCUUUUUGUUAAAUGGGGAAGAUAACAAGCGAUGCGAUUCGUGGACACCGACACUGGAUGAUAUGAUUAAGAGAAUGAGAAAGAUUUCAUCAAAUUUGUUUGAUAAGGUUAUGGCCACGGGGGGUAUUGAAAUGGAUGAAUAUGAUCCUAUCGAUGAGGAUGACAUAUCAACGGAUAAUGAUAUGGACGAUGAUAAUGAGGUGGAUUUCAUUCCUGGUCAGCCUGCUUGA